UUCUUCUACGCGCAUCCAAACCCUAAGUUUCUUUUGAGUGAGAGAGAGAGAGAGACUGAAUCAAGAUGACGACGACAACGACAAAGAACAAAUUGUCAGUGAGAAAAGAUAGAGUCUUCAAGAAACCUUCGUCUUCUUUGCACAAGGCGCGAGCGGCGACGGUUCUCAAGAAAGCGUUCGAGCUAUCAGAGCUUUGCGGUAUCGAUGUUUGCAUCAUCUGGUACGACCGCGAAGGGAACCUGGUGAUGACUUGGCCUGAGAAGGAAGAAGGCAAGGUUAGAGCCAUGGCGGAGAGAUACAGCAUGUUAAGCGAACAAGAAAAGAACAAGAAAAGCAACAACCUCUCAGGGUUUCUAAACAAGAAGAUGAUCCGCGACAAGAAGGAGUCUUUGAGCAAAAGGGAUAACAAAUUCUUCCAACAAGUGUCAGAGCUCGAGGAUUCGUUGCAGAGUCGCUUACAGACUCUCCAAGAAAGCCUUCUUCUUGAUCUAUCUUCUAAUGAUUCCACGCUAAUUAAUGCGUAUCAUCACCAAGCAUCAUCGCUACUUAAUUAUCCGAGUAGUAGCACCGCCACCGAGAGUUGUGUCGAUGAUGUAUCCACCACCACCACCACCACGUCGAUGAAUCAUCCGCAGAGCAACUUCUCGAUCUUGUUGUAUAACCACGACGAUGGUACGUUCACUCAGUUAGCCAACUCCUCUGCUCUUCCAAGCUUUGAACAAGAGCCGCAGAUUCCGUGUGAUCAAGAUUACGGUUACUUGGAUCUACUACUUGGCGAGCAAGGCAUGAGAGGGUGCAACAGCUUUGAUCUUCUUCCCACUACGUCAUCAACCAUUCUUCCUUCUGCUCCUCUGAUGCAGACACAAACCCCAAAUUUCCAGCAGUUUAUGCAAACACAACAGGCGUAUGAUCCAUCUUUUGGGCCGAUGCUCUCUUAGGAGGUCUCAAGAACAGAUAGUUCGACUUUGGGUCAACACUUUUUUUUUUAAUUAUCUUGUGUCUGUUUGCUAUUAUUGUCUAUCAGUUCGGUUCUAAUUUCAUAACUGUGUUCUUUUGGCUUGAGUAUAGAUCGAUGUUA